GUUUUUUCAUAUUCUUGUAGGGGUUCUGAUGUAACUCGUGAAGUCGGAUGGGUGAUAUUUGAUGAAGUUCACUACAUGCGAGAGAAGGAACGUGGAGUAGUUUGGGAAGAAUCUAUGAUAAUGUUGCCGAGUAAAGUUAAUAUGGUUUUUCUGAGCGCUACAAUUCCAAAUGCAAGGGAGUUCGCUCAGUGGAUCGUCAGCUUGCAUUUGAAUCCGUGCAAUGUAGUCUAUACGGAUUUUCGCCCCACCCCGCUGCAGCAUUAUGUUUUCCCUUGUGGAGGUGAUGGUAUACAUCUUGUUCUCAACCAAAAAGGCGAAUUUAUUGAAUCAAAUUUUAAUUCGGCAAUGGAGAUCGUUAGAAACGCAGCCGAUAACGCGAAAAGCGACACGGCUCUGCGUGGUAGAAAGGGAGGGUCACUUCCUGAAGAAAAAUCGGCCGUGGAUUUAAUUUUUAAUAAUGCUAUUGCUAGUCUUUCUGCUCAAGAUCGCACUCUUCCUCAAGUUCAAAGCAUCUUGCCCUUAAUCAAACGAGGAGUUGGGAUCCACCAUGGUGGGCUCCUGCCUAUUCUUAAAGAGAUUGUAGAAAUACUUUUUUCUGAGGGCCUUAUAAAGACAUUUGCAAUGGGCCUUAAUAUGCCCGCUCGCACUGUUCUUUUUACCUCUACUCGUAAAUUUGACGGAGCUACUUUCCGUUUAUUAUCGCCUGGUGAGUAUAUUCAGAUGUCUGGUCGUGCUGGACGACGCGGAAAAGACACCCUUGGUACUGUGAUAAUCAUGGCCGAUAACACGCUCUCUCCAUACGCGGCUAAACAACUUCUCCUUGGCCAGCCUGACCCUUUAAACUCUGCCUUUCAUCUUACC